AAAUUAUUCCAACUUUUUUUCAAAUAAAAGAAGUUGUAUUGAUCAGAUUAAAAAAUCACAAUGAAGACAUCAGUGAACAGUAGACUGAAUGGCACAGCUACAGUAGCUUUCAUGUUGGCAUUGAUGAUGAUGGGCUCGUCAACAAGUACACUAGUGAACGGGCAAGCUGCGGGCGUGACAUGCCCAGGUGCAUUGCUUCAGUUGCUGCCGUGCUUGCCAUUCCUCACUAAGCAAGCCCCUUCACCGUCUACCCAAUGUUGCUCCAAUGUUAAGCUGUUGAACGAUGAGGCAAACACCGCCGCCAUUCGUCAACAGCUCUGCAAGUGCUUCAAACCUGCCAUCAUCACCUAUCGCGUCGAUCCCCCUGUCGCCAAGGCUCUCCCUAGCUUAUGUGGUGUCAAUGUCCCCGUACCUAUUGACCCCAACAUCGACUGCAACAAGGAUUUCAAUCUAGGUCUGAAAUAUGGAUGAAGUUGUGCUGAUGCAUGGGAAAUGGACGAGAAUUGAGCUUGGAUGAGAGUUUGCUAUACAAAUUCUUGAAAUGGUGUUGAUGAUAUACCUAAAAUAAAUGUUCUUCAAUGGUUAAUUAGUGUAUACGUAAAGAGAAAUCU